CGCAUUUCAACGAAGACUGUGAUUGCAAAAUCUUGUGAGAAGCCUUUAAGACUGUUCAGUGCAAGAUGAACGCUUUGUGUGUGACAGUGUCUAUAAUUCCAAUAAUUUUGGUGUUCGCGGGGUUUAACCACGCUCAUGGACUAACCACUUUUGGAAAAUCCAAUAAUCAAGGGCCUGUACAAACUACAAUUGUAGGUGGAAAACCAUGUACAAAUCAAAACAAUUGUACAUUAAUCAAGGGAACAACGUGCUUACGCCAAUACUGCUUAUGUGGAGACAAUAGUCAUCCUUUGAAUGGAAUAUGUAAGGCACAAAUUAAAGGACCCAACCAUAUAUGUCAAAAUGAUAAUGAAUGUGUGGACAACGCUGUGUGUGUAGAACCAAAAGACAAGAAAUCAAAUAAUUUCCCACCAAAUGGUAAUAAUAAUCCAAUAUUAAUAUGUCAAUGUACGGAGGGUUUAUUUCCUAAUGGAGGACAGUGUAGUGGUGCUGCAAUGAACACGAUGUUACCCGGUUUAGUAAUUUUUGUCGCAGCUUUAGCAAAGGUUUACUGAGAAGCGUGAAGAUUUUUUUUGACUCAAGUACUCCUUCACAAAAAAUAAUAAAACUGCACAAUAGAAAAUAGGAAUUGAUAGAUAGCUUUUGCUUCGAUUUUGAACUGUUUCCGUCCAAAAAGAUUUUCGUACUGCGUUAAUGUAUAGGUCAUAAAAUGUGUCAAAAUUUAGUAAUCCAUCUUUUUAAUAAGAUGGAUACCACUUAGAUUUUUUCACUGUAAACGUACCUAAAAGUUUUGCUACUUAAUUUCUCGAAAUACAAUUAUAUUUUUUCUAUUAAUAAUAGAUCUACAAGUCAUUGGGUGUUUUAGAAGUUGAAAUGAGACCAUGCGAAAAUGUAUCAUCAUCAGAAUAAAUAAUUUACUUCUAUUGACGAUUUUAAAAUAAAUCCGAGGUAGCAAUUCUCAAUAUACAUAGAGACCCACAGAAGUUGUACCAUUCCCAAUAUGUUUGCAAUUAAUAACCUCCACUAUUAUUUAUUUUGCACCUAGCUAAAUUGUAUACCUAUUGUCUAUACCUACCCCUUUUUCAACUAAAUAUAAUACUAUACUCUGCGCAAAUCCUUAUUUGUUAAUUAAUUGUUUUUUUUUCUCACAUAAAUAAUUAUUUCAUGUAAUAUGUAAUAACGACGAGAUAAAGAAUAAGUAA